AUGCGUUUCACGUCCGUCAUCGCCGUCAUCCUGGCCGCAGCUCCCAGUCUGGUUUUGACUUCCGGAUCUCUGGGCUUCGCCCUCGGCGCGAAGCAGCCAGACGGCCGGUGCAAGUACCAAGCGGACUACGAAGCGGACUUCAGAGCCAUUCGGGAUGCCUCGGGCAGCAGCAUCGUGCGUAUCUACGCAGCCGAUCAGUGCAACACGGCACAACAGAUCCUGCCUGCCGCGAAGAAGGAGGACUUUCAGGUGAUCCUAGGCAUCUGGCCCGACACGGAGGAGUCCUAUGCGGCCGACAAGGCUGCAAUCCUCCGCUACACCCCCGGUUACGAGAGCCAGGUCUACGCCGUCACAGUUGGCUCCGAAUCCCUGUAUCGGGGCAAUUUCACCGGCGUCGAGCUCGCACGCAAGAUCAGUGGCAUGAAGGCAUCGGCGCCUCACUUCAAGAUCGGCACGGCGGACAGCUGGAACAAAUACCAAGACGGCACAGCCGACGCUGUCAUCAAGCAGGCCGAUAUUCUUCUCGCCAACGCCUUCUCAUACUGGCAAGGCCAGUCGCGGGACAAUGCCACUGCCUGCUUCUUCGACUCCAUCAUGCAGGCGUUCGGACGCAUCCGGAGCGUCAGCGGGUCAGUCAACAAGCCUGAGCUGUGGGUGGGCGAGACUGGCUGGCCCAGCGACGGCGCAAAGUACCAAGAGUCCAUUCCUGGACAUGACAAUGCUCGAGCUUUCUACGGCGAGGGUGUCUGCGGCAUGGUGAAAUGGGGCUUCAACGUCUUCUUCUUCGAGGCGUUCGACGAGCCCUGGAAGCCUCACGCCAUCGGCAAGGACGGCAGCGAAGCGCCCGAGACUCACUGGGGUGGAAUGAAGGCCGACCGUACCGCCAAAUAUUCUCUCAUGUGUUGA